GGUAAUUUGAAGCCACCGGACAAAUGCAGCAUGACGCGUGGUGAGUUGCAGGUGACUCCAACGCCCCGGAUAUCAGAGCCACAACACCCUCUCCAAUGUUUGCCGAAUUAUAGUACAAGAAUAGAUUCCCCAUCCACUGAAAGCCCGAGACCAAAUCGAGCCCCUUCCUGGUGCAUCGUUGACGAAACAGAACUAUCUUUCGCAUUUGACCCACCCACGGAAGUUGGGGAACCAAGACCACCCCACUCUCAGAUCAGUCCUUUAUACACUGGUGCUUGGUACAGUUAUUCCAGUAACCCGGAAAGUCAAAUUGCCACGGAUACUUUGCUUUGGACCUCAACAAUGCAGCAAUCUGUCGCUUUGUCGUUGCAGAGGACCAUAAUGAGCCGUUUCAGUGAGUGCACAGAAUGCACCGACAGCAGCAUUGGACGAGAAGCUUUCAGUUUUUUACGGAAUUCCAACGCCACCGAGGAGCCGUUGACCACAUCUCUAGGAACACUCUACCGGCGGAUCAGUCAUCCGGAUUACUCCCAGAGCAGUACGCACUGGACUAGUCUCACGUUCGACUUCGGUUUCGGCCCCGAGGCUCGUUUCCACAUGAGAGUUCGAAAGGAUAUCCCACUCAGGUGGUGCUCAGCGGUGAUCGCCUGUCAGUUGGGUAUGCCAGUGGAGCAAGUGAAAGGCCAGAUUGCGCUAUGUCAUCCAACUAAAGAGGUCCAGUUGGACCAGGACUUGAACUGCAAGGAGCUCAUGCUACAGGAACAUUCCAUCAUCUACGUCCAAGCCCCGCUGAGUUGACCGAAGUCAAGCAACUCACGCAAAGAUGCGAUGAGCGAACACAAGGAUAUCUUCUGUUGCCAUGUACUUCCUUCGUUUUCCACUUUUCAAUGUGUUACUGCGGAUUGAGUUUCGGUUUUGAUUACCUUGCUAACUUCAAUUCUUCAAAUCUCAUUAUAUUAUGCUGCCUAGUUAAUUUCAGUAUACUACCUAUGUUACGAUUAUUUGAUAAGUUCACUUUUUCUCCGAACAUUGUACGCAGGAAAACCACUGACUUGAAAGUAC